AUGGGACAAUCUUGCUCGUGUUUAAAAGAACAUAUUGUAGAAGAAAGCCAAGUGAUACUAGACAAAGCCAAUAGUAAACUCAAGCAGAAGCAAGAUUCAUCUGUCGUUUUAUUUAACUCAAAAUCGUCCAUACGUACAAUAAGUGUUCCGUCAGUCAUAAUGAUCCAAUCUAUCCUGAGAGGCUUCCUAGAUCGUCGAGCUUUAGCGCCUAAAGUCAGAGCUUCUCACCACAAAAGAAUGGUCUCCGAUACCAAUUCAAGAUCUUUAAUGGAAAUCCAAGGGGUCUUGCCUGACUACUCUACUCCAUUAACAAGAUCAGCUGCGAAAAAGCUUGGACCUUUCAAAUAUGAAAAGUCUUUAAACGAUGGAGUCGUGAUAUCAAAAAAACCUCCAGUUCAGCUUGAAAACGGAGCAAUUUAUAUUGGAGAAUGAAAUGAUAAAUGGGAAAGGCAUGGAAGAGGGGUUUUGCUGUGAAAAGAUGGAUCCAAGUAUGAAGGACACUGGAGAAACGACAUGGCGAACGGCAAAGGAAGGCUUAUUCAUGCUGAUGGAGACGUUUAUGAUGGGGACUGGGAAGAUGAUAAAGCUAAAGGUAACGGAAUUUUCAUACAUGCCGAUAAUACGAGAUAUGAAGGAAGCUGACUUGAUGACAAGCAGCAUGGAUACGGAAUUGAGACUUGGCCUGAUAAUUCAAAAUAUGAAGGAGAAUAUUGAUACGGAAAAAAGCAUGGGAAAGGAAAAUUUUUAUGAAGUGACAAAAGCUCAUAUGAAGGGGAGUUUUUUGAAGGAAAUAUUCACGGGUUCGGAACUUAUAUAUGAAGUGAUCAAAGAAAAUAUGUAGGUGAGUGGAAAAACAACAAAAUGGAUGGAAAAGGAACUUUUACAUGGCUCGAUGGAAGAUGCUACACAGGAGAGUAUUUAAACGAUAAAAAGCAUGGAUACGGAGUUUUUGCUUGGCCAGACGGAAAGAAAUAUGAAGGGUAUUGGGCUGAUGGCAAGCAAGAUGGAAAAGGGGUUUUAAUUAAUGGAAAAGGGGACAGAAAAGAAGGAGAGUGGAAGGAUGGAAAAGUGGUGAAAAAAUAA